GAAAUUGCACAGAACAACAUGACCUAAGAAAAAAUGGGGGGCGGCGAAAAGAUAGACCUUAGCACAACACAAUCGGACAUAGCCGUUUUACAGGAAAAGGGAUUCAUACUAGAAAAAGUUAUCGGAGAAGGAUCUUACGCUAAGGUUUACAAAGCCACUCAUAUGGUAGACGAGACCCGGCAUUCAAUAAUGGCCUGUAAAGUCAUCGACACAGCUAAGGCGCCCAGGGACUAUCUCACAAAGUUCUUGCCUCGCGAGCUUGAUGUUCUGAUACGCAUCAACCACCCUCACAUCGUGCACGUGUCCAACAUAUUUCAACGUCGCGCUAAAUACUUUAUUUUUUUACGAUUUGCUGAAAACGGCGAUCUGUUGGACUUUCUCACUCAAAACGGGGCAAUACCAGAAAAUCAAAGCAGACUGUGGAUGCGGCAAAUCAUAUCCGGUCUUCAAUACAUUCACACAAUGAACAUAGCUCACAGAGAUCUAAAAUGCGAAAACGUUUUGGUCACGGCCAAUUAUAAUGUUAAAAUAACUGAUUUUGGAUUUGCACGUAAUGUGCGUCAACGAGAUAGAGACGUUCUGAGCGAGACGUACUGUGGUUCUCUUUCGUACGCCGCUCCCGAGGUACUAAAGGGGGUGCCUUACAUGCCUAAACUGGCGGAUAUGUGGUCGAUCGGCGUUAUACUAUACACCAUGCUCAACAAAGCUUUACCUUUCAACGAGACGUCCGUGAAAAAGCUGUACGAAAAACAGGUAAUAUACUUUUCAAUACGUUUUUAUUAA